UUUGGUGUUUAACAUCUCGAUUUGAUACAUUUCUUCUGAAAGUUUUUUUUUUGCUUGUUGGUUUUAAGAUUGUUGUAAGUUUCAAUUAUCAGCAUAGCAUUAGUGUGUUAGAGUUCGUGCGAAAAUCAGUUGAGCGGGACCGUUUAAUUAGACAAAAAUUGUGUGUAUAAUGGAACAUUUAUUUAUAUUCAAAUAAAUCACUUGAUUAACAUUAAUAACAUUAAAUUUUCUGAAAUCGAAAUUCGUUUAUCAGUGUGACCUUUAGCAUGGCAUUUAUCUGCUGUCGAAAAUGAAAGACUUCAAUGUGUUCAUAUUAAUUAGUAGCCUAUUGUCGUUCAAAUGUGAAUUACUUUAUGAAUUUUUAUAAAAAAAAAAUUGUCUGAAUUGAAUAACGAUUAGUUGUUGUGUUUCAAUUGGACUACAAAAAUGGUUUUUGCAGCGUAAGUCGAAUAAUAAUAAAAUAUAAAAUCACUUUGACCGGGUAUUUAAAUGAUAACGAGUUUGAUACCAUUGAAUUGUGCUCAUAUAAUCAAGUUUAUAGCCUAUAAUGUGGAAAAAAGUUAAAAAAUUUAACUGAAUUAAAAAUUAUUUUGGAUUAAAGUUGAAAUACAAUUCCAAAUUCAUCAUAAUCAUCUCUAUUAGUGUGGACUGCAAUUGUAUAUGAAUGAAAAACAAGCUUUAUCAAUAUGGAGAAAUUCGAUCAUGAUCAAUUCGUAUUAGACGAUGAACAAGCCGCAACUCAAUCACCGCAAUCACAUCUACUGAUUGAUGAUUAUUGUAACAACAGCACAAUACAUGGGGUGAAAUACUUGGCGUCGCGAAAAAAUACUCGAAAUGAAAGGAUUUUCUGGCUGCUUGCACUAAUCAUUUCGAGUGUGCUCUUCAUAUUUCUAUUUUCGAAAGUGUGGACUCGUUACGGCGAUGGACCAAUAGCGAUUGAAAUAUCGCCGUAUCAAAAACCGAUCUGGGACAUUCCGUUCCCAGCGAUAACUAUUUGCACGGAGACAAAAUCUAAGGCAUCUGAAUUUAAAUUCAGUGAAGUUUACGGAAGACUUUCGAAUGGAAAACAACCAUUUACGAAUGUAACCCCUGAAGAGCUAAAUUCAAUAAGGGCAAUGGCUCAAGUAUGUGAUAGUCACUUGACAACAGGAUAUGAGUUCAACCAAAAUACGACAAGUGAAGACAUUUUUCAGAAUCUGGAAGAUGUAGCUCCGACAAUGAGUGAUGUGCUCUUCUUCUGUAAAAAACGCAACAAUCCAACCAAUUGCGAUUCAUACUUUAGUGAAGUUUGGACAGAGGAUGGUAAAUGUUUCACCUACAACAUUGUGAAUUCAACGACUUUAUAUACAACCGCAGUAACGAGUGAUCUACCUCCGAUAGCACAUAACAAUUCUGAUGACCAUUGGGACAUCGAGACGGGAUAUAAUGAAAAGGCAACAAACGAUAUUCUAUCUUAUCCGUACAGGGCUCAUAGUGGUGGCAGCCGUGGGGCUUUUAUAGUGCUUUUGAAUUUAAAUUCAUCCGACUUUGAUCACCUAUGUCGUGGUCCCAUUGUCGGAUUUAAAGUUACAAUGCAUCGGCCGGAUGAAGUUCCAUUUGUGUCGAAAGAAUGGUUUCGGGUGCCCAUGGAUCAGGAGACAUAUGUUUCAAUAACUCCGAAAGUUACAUUAACAGCUGAUUCAGUAAAGAGUUAUAGUGUCAAAAGCCGCCAAUGCUAUUUUGGUUAUGAACGACAACUAAAAUAUUUCAAAACUUACACUCAACGAAACUGUGAAAUGGAAUGUGUGUCAGAUUUUAUCAUAAAGAAAUGUGGAUGCACAAGAUUCUCUAUGCCAAGGACAAAUUCAAUUCCAAUAUGUGGAGCAUCAAUGAUUCAGUGUUAUCACAAAGCCGAAGACGAAUUGCUAAGAAAUAACAUUCGAGACAGUCUAAUCCGUUCCGAAUCUGAAAAUUCUAACUGUAACUGCUUACCAGUUUGCACUUCCAUCAAAUACGAAACAGAAAUCUCACACUCAGACUUUGACUUCAAGAGCCUUUUCGUAUCAUAUGGCACGUCGACCGACGAAUUUAAAGAUAUCAAAAUGGCGAGGAUAACAUUCGCUUUCAAAGACAGCUAUUUCAAUCCGAUGAUCCGGAAGGAACUUUAUAGUUUUACAGAAGCGAUAGCUCUUUCUGGUGGCUUGAUGGCAUUAUUUUUUGGCGCCAGUCUGUUGAGUUUAUUGGAAAUAAUUUUCUAUUUCACUUUGCGCUUAUGGUCGGUACUUAAGAAAUAAAUUUUACUCAAAG